AUGUUCCCAAGGACCACUCAUGAUCCCUGUGGAGGUCAAGACUCACAGGAUUCGGAUAGAUACUCAGCUUCAAAUAGUCAGGCUUAUUUGACGGCAAAAAUUCGUGUCGAAACGGAGAAGAUCCACCAAUGGAAGAUUCGCUCGACAGAAGCGCUCAAUUUGAAAAAUACCCAGGUUGAACAUGCCCGGAAGUCGGUGUUAAAUCUCAUGGAAUCUCUCAAGGCAAUUCAAACUCAACGGCAAGAACUUCUCGAUCGUUUGUACCAAGCAAAAGAGGCGUUGGCUCAAGUCGAAGAUGAAUCUCGCUUGAAAGACUCGCAAAUCCGGGUCCUUAAUGAGAGUUUCGCCCGAUUUCAAAAUGAUAUCGAGCAAUCCCAUCGCAAGCAACAUCAGUACAUGACAUUCGUGUCUCAGGCCAAAAAAGAUCGAGAUAGGCUAUUAGCGAUUUGGCAAAAUAUCCAAGAAAUUGGAAACAAAGAUGUUCUGGCCAUUCGACACCAAAUACAAGGCCUUGAUUCCGAACGUGAGAAAGUGGAGGAGGCUUUAAAGAUGCUUCGUGGAGAGUGCGUGAAAAUGGAGGGAGAUGAACUCGCCAAGAAAAGCGAAUUAUCGGCUCUCAGGCUCCAGAAUCAGGCGAUUCAAAAGCAAUUGGCUCAACUCCAAGAUCUGAUCACCCAAAGCGAUGACGCCAAAGAUGACUUACAAAGGGAUUGGGAUACCUUCAAGUCUCAAUUGAGCAAAGAGGCUACCGUAGGCGAGCAAGAUGUCAAUGAGCUUGUAGAGCAAAUCUCACAACUUACUGCCAGAGAGGCUGAUCUGAAAGCCGAGAUAGCGAUUGUUAGCCAAGGUAAAACGGUGGCCCAAACCAACCUCAAUCAGAUGCAAGGUCAAAUCGAAGAGGUCAAAGAGCAACUUCAAUCCCUCAUAGAGACUAUCCAGGCUUUUGAAACGAGAAUUCUCGACGAAUAUGGCUUAAAAGAAGGGGAAUUGAAGGUCAUCGAACAAACCAUCCGGAAUCAUCUGGAGCCCGAAUUGGAAGAACAAUGCGCUCAAGCGAAAUUGUCCGAUACCCAAAUUCGAAACUUGAUUGAGAAAAUUCGCAAGUUGAGCGUCAGUUUGAAUGGAAAAGACAUAAAGGCCCGAGAGCUAGAGAGGAAGAGGGAUAACCUUCUAUGCUCUCACGAAGAACUGAAGCUCAUUAAAGCCGAUCUCAAAUUGGCCUCUGACGAAGUGGUUAAGCUCCGAUCCAUUGAGUGCAAAGGAAGACUCCUGGAGGAUGAAAAUUUCGCCUUGCGAAGCGAAAUCGAGAUUCUGGAAGGACGAUGUAAAGCUAUGGCCUCUGACAUUAAGUCAAAAAUGACUGAACGUGGUAUCAAAUGUCGUGAUGUGCAAACUGAUCUUUCGAAGGCUCAGCAGAAAUUAGCUCAUGUUGAUCAGGAGUUAAGGGUCUUCCCUCUUCUACCUGAUGAUGAAUUGGAGUCAUUGAAAAUGAAAAUCGUGGAGGCCGAUGAGAGGGGCUUGAAAGAGAUCAAAGACUUGGGAAAUCUCCACGAAGAGCUUUUAGAAGAUCGCCGUCGAGAAGCCAAUGACAUUAUCUCUUCCGUGGAAAAGCUGGAGAAAGAGAUCGACAAAACCGAGCAUAAUCUAAAACAAGCCCUAGAAGAGUCCAAGGCGAAUGCGGAAAGAAAGAAAAAAGACUCUUUGAGAAAGAAACAAGACCCGAAUCCACGCGAGAAGUCGCCCGAAAUUUGCCCCCAACCCAACAAGGUCAGCCAACCACAAAGCCGCAAGAGAAGAGCCCUACUUCCCAAAAUUGAUGAUGACGAAGACGGACUAGAAUAUGACCUUUUUGAGGCGAACGAUACGAAAGUGAAGAAGGCAUACGGUCGAAGCCCAAGAACGAAAGAGAAAAAUGUCGGAUUCAUUCGUCGAGAUCACGAUUAUCGUUUCUUCAAAAACAAAAACCGUCCUCGGAACUAG